AUGGCUCUAGCUGUUCGUUAUUUAGCAAUGGCUUGUCAUAUGGGAAACGAAGCUGAAGCUAUCAAACGGGUAAUUCAGAAACCCUUAUGUAGUUAUAAAGAAAGUAUGUUUCAGAUUGUUAGCCGCGACUUUAGCUCAUUUUACCAAGGUGAAAUAUUGAGACAACUCAACGAUGCAAUUAAUAGACUAAUGAUUCUCAUAACACGUCAAGAAGAAGCCAAGGUGAGAACUCUUUUUGUGAAACACAUUUUCAAAAAAACCUUCAAUUUUUCAGCAAUCUGUAAUUAUGCAUCAAGUUCAUGAAUGCCCAAUUGAACAAGAAUUUGUGAUCCGAGAAAUCAUUGAUCAAAUGAUCAUCACGAAUGAAGAAAUCCGAAGAGCAUUUUUCAGAGUUCGGAGAAUUGGAGGAUUCCGGAUAAGGGAAUUUUAA